CUCAAGCAUUAUGUUUUUAAAUUAUUCGAGGACGCGGCCGUGGUCACGCUCUCACCAUCUCACGUUGUCUUUUCCGGCCUCCUCCAGCGUGCGUGUUCGAGCCGUGGUGAUGACACGUGACGACUCCAGCGGCGGCUGGGUGCCCCUUGGCGGGGGUGGCCUCAGUCACGUGGUGAUAUGCAAGGGGCGAAGCCACAAGCGGAGAGAGUACGUCAUCCGCGGGGAGAGGCUGCGGGACCGAGCGCCGGUGCUGGAGUGUUCUGUGCAAAGGGGGCUGGUCUACAACAAGGUGAAUCCCAUCUUUCAUCACUGGCGGGUGGACGAGCGCAAGUUCGGUCUGACCUUCCAGAGUCCCGCAGACGCCAUCUCCUUCGAGAAGGGUCUGCAGGCAGUCAUCGACAAGCUGGACCGAGGCUCAGACUCGCCCUCGUCAUCAACGCCGGAGGAGGCGGACACAGAGGACGACGGACAAGCUUCCCAUACAGGCAGCGAGUCGUCGUCAAACAGCAGGAAGGAGAUGCUACCCAAGCCCAUCACCAUCGUGACCAGCGAGUCGUCCUCCACCUGCUUCGUGCGGGCCGACGAAUUUGCUUUUACGUCCGGCGGAACCACGCAGACGCCGGCUCAGAUCCACGCCAGGCCGGGGCAAUACCAGCUCUCGCAAAUGACCAGCGCCUUGAAUCCCCCGUCACCGCCGCCCCCGCCUCCGGCGCCACCGUCCCCUCCCGCGGGCCCGCCGGCCUCAUCACCUCUGUCCCCCCUCUCGCCCACCAUUUCCCUGCUGGAGGAGGGCGACCUGCGCAGCGUGGACCCCUGCAAGGACCUGUGGGGGUCCCGAGGAUACGAGGACUAUCGACGAGCGGGAGCCACCAGGACUAUGGUCGGGGGGCUGACCGGGGGCGUGGUCGUAGGUAGCGGGGGGAGCCUGCAGGACAAAUCGGAGCUGUGCGUGGUCCGCUUUGAGAAGGAGAUGUCCGGGUUGGGUACGGCGGGCUGCGACGUCACAGUGAGUCUGGACAGCAAGGCGGCCCAGCGUCUGUCCUCGCCUUCGCCCACCUGCGUGUCCAUCCCCAACGCUGUGUCGGGCGUGUCCUCAGGGGCCGGCUCCCCCCAGGAGACCGGCAAAGGCUCCCCCUCGCCCUGCUGCAUCCACACCUCCAUGGCCACGCCCCGCUCGCGGACUCGGAAGAGGGGCGGCGUCGGGGCCUGCGGGGACCCGGGCGCCAUCUCCCCCGACGACGACAGCCCGUGCCCGCAGGCGUCGUCGUCGUGCUCGUCCCGCUGCGUGUACUGCCGCUCUGUGUUCAGCGCCUCGGAGAACGGUCGGGGCCGCUGCAGGGACGCCCCCGACCCGGCCCUGCACUGCCUGCGCCAGUGGACCUGCGUCUGGUGCGCCGAGAGCCUGCUCUACCACUGCAUGUCGGACUCCGAGGGCGAGUUCUGGGAGCCUUGCUCGUGCGACGACUCCAUGGGGGGCCACCCGCACCCCCUGUGUUGCGCUCGCUGGCUGGCUCUGGUGGCCCUGUCGCUCUUCGUGCCCUGCAUGUGCUGCUACCUGCCUUUGCGCGCCUGCCUGCGUUGUGGCGAGAGGUGCGGCUGCUGCGGGGGAAAGCACAAGGCGGUACGAUGAGACCGGGUGUGAGGCGGGAAGCGAUGGGGGGGUGGGUGGUAGGGGGGGUCGUCCCCUCGACGUGAGCCGAACCUCCAAAGCCACCCCCCCUCCCCAAAGCCUUCCGCUGCAUUCCGCUCUCUCUCUUUUCAACCCGGGGGGCCUUCUUGUACUGGGGGUGCAUCGCACUCAGACCACCUUUCAUGGAGCCUUUCAUUGCGGAUCUACGCCGACCCCGAAACUUAACGCAAGAACGAGAGUGCGUUAAGGUUUUGAAAUGUCCGUCAAGAGGGAAAAACAUUUUUUUGACACUCCCCAACUUAUGAACAAGUGAAAGGUGGCUCAUACUUUGCUGGUCAUGAUAUUUAGACUUUUUUUAAAAAAAAAUUUGAUUGUCGCGCCUGUGUUUUCAACCUUUAUCAUGCCAAGGCACAUAUUUUAUUGUACUACAAAAUCUCAUGGCACACCAAACUAACUCACCAAAACUACACACAUCUCUUUACACUGGAGUUGCGCAACUCCAGAUUCCGACUUGAAAUUUUCCUUUUUACGGAAGAGUUCGAAUUGUUCACAAGUCGGGGAGUGUCUGUAAUUGGUCUAUUUUAUUACUUGUCACAAUGAGUAGCCCCCCCCUCCCCUCCCAAAGGCACACACAAACUCCCAGGAGGUCCUCCAGGUGUUUGGUGUUAGCUCCUGUAGUACCCUGAGACGUCGCCCUUUACCUCCGAAUUUACCUCACGGCGGGAAAAAUAAAUACAUAAAUAAUAAAUAUGAGAGCGCGAGCCUUAGAGAAAAUGUCAACAAAUGCAUGAGGACAAUUAUUAGUAAGGGGAAAGUUGCAAUGCCAACCACUAGCAGUAAUGAUGAUAAGGAACACGUGUUAAAAAAAAAACUACUAACGUGUCAAUACCUCCACCCGGAAAAUUGAAAAAAAAAGUGCAAUGAACAAUGUAUUCAAAGAGUAUUUUUGUAUGUCACGUUAGGGGAAAAAAGUGAAGUCAGCGCAGACUGUCGUGUUAUCGUGAGCAAUCGGAAGAGGCCGCAACAUUAGCUACGCCCGCAGAAUCCAACCAGAUCAAGUGCAAGAGCAAAGGCACGACAAUCUCACGGCGCACCAUGAAACAAAAACGGCACAAAAAUUAUAGCCAGCCUUCCAACGGAGAAGGACGGGGCCCUUCCUUAGAAUUUCCCUAUAAGAUGGCGGCAAAGCGCUACUUUUGUCCAAAUAAAAAAAUCACUUUAACAUCAUUGUUUUGGCACCAAGAUGCUUCAGGAUGGCGCCAAAGCAAUUAUUUGUUUGCUCACGUAAAAGACGAGAGGCAACAGAUCUACUUGAGAGAUUUUUCUUUUUCUUCCAAUGAGUGCAAAAACGGCUUUAAGGCCGUGAAAAAUUAAAGUUCCACUUCCCCUGUAGUUGUGUGACAUAACUUUAUUACCAAAUUUUUUCCCUUAUUUUUCUGCUCUCAUAUACAGGUGCAUGUCAAUAAACUGGAAUAUUAUUAUAUUAAAGUUAAUUUAUUACAGUAAGUCGAUUUAAAAAAAAAAGUGACAUUUAUAUAGAUUCUCUAGUAAACAAGAAAAUACAGUAAUUCGAUCGGUUUCUGAAAAGUAUAAAAUCAUAAAAUAAUUAAGUCAGUGUAAUGAAUUAAUCUUUCACAAUUAGUUUUUUUCCGCCGUAUUGAGAUUUAUAUUCUCGCCAUGUUUUUGCCAAGCAGUACUGAAAAGCGGACAAUGACGAUGGAAUAUAAUGCGAGCG